UCAUGUUCAAUUGUAGGGUGGAGGAGGUCUCUUGCAAGCUGGAGUGAAAAAUACAUAUAAAAGGUGACAUUUACUUUAACAGUUUUCAGUCAGUUAGACCUGAGCCUUGUUUAGUAAAAUAAGUAAGUACACCAGCUGUCAAGAUAAUAUAACUGCAUUUAUUACCUACAUGUAUUAACGGUUACAAUGCUACUCCUGGGAUUAACAAGGUAGGCAACGCAUUUCGCAAUGUUAUUAAAUUGAUACAUCUCGUCAAAUAGGUCAAGAUAUAAACUAACUUAGAUUUUAGAAACAUAAUGUAUGUUGGAAUAACACUAAACACAGGUACAACGUAGCUUUUCUUUAAAAGUAGUGUUUGUUAAAUUGACUUUGUACACUAUGAUCAGCUGGGAGUAACCGUACGAAUGGCCUUGUGUUGAAAAAUAUACAGGAACAGAUUAUUUCCUGGGCAGGAAUCACUCCCCAACAUGUUUUAUAGGAUACACAUUGGAAAGAUUUGCGUUUCAGCAAUUAGUCGGUGCCCGUUCCAGACAGGGCUAACGCUGUUAGCUAACUUUCUCGCCAUGUGCUUCGGCUGUUACACACUAACAACACAACUUUCAGACCGCGGACACAACGGUAUCGUGUGGCAGUGGGAACUCGACAUAUGUACCGACAGUUGACAACACAAUAUAGGCACUCUAACUAAGUAAAUUAGUAACUUACAGGCAUUUUCAAUGGUGUGUACUCGCUUUGCUGUGCUUCUGCGAGCUGGUUGGUCAGAAAGAGGAUCUGUGCAGUUGCAGAAGCCCGGGUUGCCAGACCUGCGCUAUCGUUGAAUGCUAAAACAGGUAUCUUGAGAAACUUCAGAUCGCCUUUAAUAAAUGUUUGUAAGAAAUUAUGUCAGGUUUUAUGCCAAGGCAAUCCAAUUGCGUUUAAACAAUAUUCUUAUUUUAUCAUUAACGACUCAAUUGUAGUAAUUUGGCAACUGGCCUAUGGUCUACAGUUGUAUUUGUUUAGUUGAUAACAUCAGAUUGGUGGGUAAGGGUGACUUUCUUCGAAUAAUCAUCAUCAUCAUCAACAUCAUCUCAGUAGUGCACUAAGAGAUGCCUCCCACAAAGUUAUCCCUGAAAAAGGAUGAAGGUGGCUCGCUGCUCCGUCCGUGGGUUUACAGCCCAAACCUCGCCACCUCACCGUGCACAGCGCGGCGGGACCGGAUGUACAGGGCACCUGCUCCCGGCGUGACAGUGUGUCAGACUCCUGCAGAACAGUCUUCUACCAGCUCAAUCAUCUCAUUUCGUACCAUGCCUAGUUGGUGCUACUUUUUUUGGCUGUUAAUCACCAAUUCUGCUGGACAACCAAUAUGUUUAAGAUUAAAUUGUUUACCAAACAAGUUGUAUAUCCGUUUCAUUUCGCAGUCUCCAGAUUGAUACAUUUCAAACCUAAGCGUUUUGCUUUGUAUGGACACUUUUAAACUUAAUGCUGAGCAACGGGCCAAAAGCAAUUUCGUUUCAUUGUGUUUUUAAGAUGUACAAUGGUACAAGGAUUCCCGUCUCUCUGAUUAGGUGUCCAAUUUAAAUAGCUUUUUCAACCUAAGAAGAUUAAAACAGCUUAAAAAACAAUUAAAAGUGAAUCCAUGAAGUGUUGUUUGUGUUUGUAUUUUGUCAAUUUAUAAACCCUUGUGAUUGUUUAAAUAAAUUACAUUUAUUAUUAUUAUAGUCAUGGCUCAAACAUUAUUCCUGCAAAACUACAUAGACCACAAUGCAAAGCAGAACCUGACGUCACACUUGUCGGCACCGGUCUGCUGCUGCCAGUGCCUGAGACAGCUGAGGAUUUCCAAACGGGGAUCCCGACUCAGUACGGCCUAAUAUUACCGAAACGUUACAUUGUACCGUGUGUUUAAAUGGCGAAGACGUACGAUUAUCUCUUCAAACUCUUGCUCAUUGGGGACAGCGGAGUCGGUAAGACAUGUCUGCUGUUCAGAUUCAGCGAGGACUCCUUCAAUACCACCUUCAUAUCCACAAUAGGAAUAGACUUCAAAAUCAGAACAAUUGAGCUGGACGGAAAAAGAGUCAAGCUUCAAAUUUGGGACACUGCAGGACAGGAGAGGUUUCGCACCAUCACAACUGCUUACUACAGAGGAGCAAUGGGCAUUAUGUUGGUUUAUGACAUCAGCAAUGAGAAGUCCUUUGAAAACAUAAAAAACUGGAUUAGAAAUAUUGAAGAGCAUGCCUCGUCUGAUGUGGAGAAGAUGAUCCUGGGUAACAAAUGUGACAUGUCUGACAGGAGACAGGUGUCCAAAGACAGAGGUGAAAAACUUGCUAUUGAUUAUGGAGUUAAGUUCUUGGAAACCAGUGCAAAGUCUGGCCUGAAUGUAGAAGAGGCUUUUUAUAGCAUGGGAAGAGACAUAUUACAUAACCUGAGCUCAAAGACAACUGACAACAAUGCCGGAGGAUCUGGCAAGCCAGUCAAGAUCACAGAGAAAAAGUCGAAGAGGAUAAAAUUAUUUAAGUGUUCACUCCUCUAGGAUUCUCGGCUCUUGCAUGACUUUUCUGUUCUUGGAGGGCUUCUGCCUCCCGGGCGGCAGCAGCGGCAUCAUUGGUAAUAUUCAGAGGGCCUUACUUCCAGCUGAAGCUCACAGGUUCAUGAUGUUGAGAUCCCAUCCUGAUCUGCUCCUGACCAGAAGAGGAUCAACAAGGAAUGAGGCCUGAAACUGUUUAUCCGCUCAUGCAGAAGACUAGUGCGUGAUUGUCAGCAUUAGUUCGUAGCUGGCCAUGAAGUGUCUGCUCACAGGAGGCAAUGACUCUGUUGGCUUUUAUAAUGCCUCUGUUGGAUGUCAUUGAAAAAUACUUUAUUAAAUAGAAUAAAGUUCUGCAUAGUUGUCUUAUAAAUGGGAGUAAAAAAGAAAAAAAAUCUGAAUCUUUCUUAACUCGUAGCAUUGUUUUAUACAUACUACCUAUUGUCAUAUUUACUAUGAUGAUGCUGUCAGAUAGACAUAUUGAGUCUGAGCAUUGAUUGUAUUUGUCUGUGUAAAUGUAUGUAUUCAAACAUGCCUAUAUUCUCCUGUUGGACUGACAUCAUUUCUAUUUGUUCAUAUGCGCCUUGAAGGAGUCACAGUAUUGUGAUAGAAAAGACAAAGUUGUUUAUAAAUAUAACUGUCUGUCUUUUAAGGAAACCUUUAUGUAUACAGGUUUUUGGUGUCAAAAUGAAACUGAAAGGGUGUUUGUUUCUUGGAAGAUGUACCUACAUAUUGUUAUGCCACCGUCAGUAUUUGCAUGAAAGCUAUAGGGAUUCAUCUGAGUGGAUCAUUAUUAAGCACAUUUUACAGUAUCUGGAAAGAAAAUGUUUACAGACCAUAUUUAAAGUGUCAAUCAUACUUCCACAUGGAUCCACAUGUUUUUGAUGUUCACAUUGGGUCAUUAUGUCAGCACAACUAACUUGAUUUAUUUUCACCCGGAAGUGUAGACAUCAAAUAUGGAAACACAAUGACUGGUUAAAGCUGUAAUGUAAAGGGUUGUAAGCUAUUGUACAUUACACUAAUGGAAGUCAGUAAAGUAAGUGGAUCUUUGAAA